GAUCUGGUUGCAGUUCGUAGACCUUAACUGUCCACGAACGAAAAAUCGUAUCACGGCUCCCACCUGGGCUGUCCGCUAUCCUCUUGACCUUAAACUUCUUGAGAUGGUUUUAAAAUAUCCCUCAAGAAGUCAUCGACAUACAUAGUAAACCGUUUUCCCUGCUUGUUUAAGCGUUGUGUACGGCCAAACGUUGAGCUACCGUUGGGCGCGUUGGUCAUCAUCGUUUGGUAAAUUUAUUGAAAAUGGUACAACCGUUUUCAUCAUCCAAGUUUCUGUUAAUUGCCGGCUUAAUCGGUGUGAUUGCUUCGGUGCCUAUAGACAUAAAGAAAAGAGGUGUAGAGUUAUACGACCAGAAACAAACGGGAAAAUACAACAUACGAAUCAAUUUAAAAGACAUUACAAUAAUUGAUAUACUUGGAGGGGAUUAUAACGAUGAUAAUUAUGAAUACGAUUACGAAAUUCCAUCAGAUUACACCGAUUUUCCUAUAGCAACAACCACUUCCACCUCAAUUUCGACGAAUUUAAGUUCAUCAAAUAUAUCUAUUAAUACAGCUCUUAAUGCAUCAACAGUUACCAUCCAAUCUAAACCAUUAACAACGACUAAUUCACCAAAAACAACAACAAAAACAAAAUUAACAAGUCUUAUUUUGAAUUCGUCAACUACAAAACCAAUUUCGACAACAAAAUCGUCAACUUCCAUUAAAAUUACACCAACAAAUAAACCAUCUUCGACAACAUCAAAGCCCAGCACCGGAAUUGCAACAUCUUCCGUUUCAACAACGUUGAAACCAUCAAAUAAAACAUUAACAUAUUCUUAUCAAACUGGAGUAGCAGGAGAUAGAAUUCCAGUUAUUGUAUUACAACAAAAUCAAAAUAAUGAUGCAGUUUCUAAAAGUGCUGCGUUAAUAACUUCUCAAGUUACUAUCGUUCCUGACGAUGGUAACGAAGAGAUAACGGAGCGUGUUGAAUCGCUUGGAGAGAUUCAUUAUAAGAAAUGUCCGAAUGGUCUUAUUAGGGAUAAAAAUGGGAUUUGUAGGAAAUUGAAAAGACCACCAUUGUUUGAUAUUUCUCGUUUCACGUCGGGUUUGGUAUCGAAGUUUAGAAGGCAGGAUACGGUUACACCAGGACGUAAAACAAACAAUUAAGGAAUUUAAUUAUGAUGUGCUCAAUUAUUUAGAAUAUUUAUGUAGAUAUAGGUUUUUUUUUGUCUUAAAUGUCAUUAUUUAUUAUUAAUGUUAUGUGAUUAACAUUGUGAAAAGCUGUAUAUUGGGUUGAAUACCUCAGUGUAACAAAAUCGCUGGGAGUUUUCUGCUAACAAUACCGUCCCAUCUAAAUUUUAACAUAAUAAACUUUAAAAUAUUUAA